UAGCCCCUUUACAAAAUACCACAUCCACGUUGCAGACUACUGUGAUAACAUUCAGAACUACAUCCUGGGGGAUUCUGAUAUCUAGAAGAAUCAAGUAAUAUUUUUGGUUUGCAAAAUCGCCAGAAAUAUUGCACGAUGACUUGGCUGAAAGGAAUUACGCUUAUGUUUGGGAUUUUGUCGGUAUUUUCUGGAUCCAUACAUGCCGUUCUCGGUCCGGGACGGAAAUAUGAUGGAUAUCAAGUUUGGCGCGUGGUGCCGUCCAACGCUCAUCAAAUCAAAAGACUCAUCAGACUCGGGGCAAACUUUGAUGGAUUCGAUUUACUCGACUUCUGGAGGGAGGCGACGCCGUCUUCGAUCGGUCGUCCCGUCGACAUCAUGGUACCAUCGAGCCUUCGGAACAACGUCCACGACAUACUGACGUCACUCGAUCUAGACGUCACAAUCACCAUCCCCGACGUGGGAGCCCUAGUGAAUGGCCAGAUGACAGAGAUUCAAAAGAGACAAGUAAACGAGCCAGUCGGUACAACAGCCCUAUCCGAUUUCGACUACACACGAUACCAUACGUAUGAUGAGAUUCAACAAUGGGUGUCAGACAUUGUGAGUGAGUACAGUGACAUCGCGUCUCCCUUUCUGCUCACAACCUCAUACGAAGGAAGACCAAUCAAUGGAUUCCGUAUCAGAGGAAGAAAUAGCGAUGCGAGCGUCACCCCUCCCCCUGCAGUAUGGUUUGAGGGCGGUAUACACGCAAGAGAAUGGAUCAGUCCAGCCACCGUCAUGUGGUUCACAGGAAAGCUUCUUCAAGAUUAUGAGGACGGCGACGAACUUGCCGUGAAUAUGUUUGACAACAUGGACUGGUACAUCGUCCCAUCUCUCAAUGUCGAUGGCUACACUUAUACUUGGACCAAUGAUCGACUUUGGCGGAAGACCCGAUCGGAUAAUUUCGAGGAAACUAACAGCGGGUGUUUAGGAACCGAUCCGAACCGUAACUUCCCUUUCGGAUGGUCAGGUAACGGUACCAGUCCAUUUCCCUGCUCGAACAUCUACCACGGAAAAUCCGCACUCUCCGAAACUGAGAUCGACGGCGUGGUCGAAUACCUUCGCAGUCUGAAGGCCGGCGGACAGGACUUCCAUGUCUUCAUGGACUGGCACAGCUACGGACAGUAUUUCCUCUCGCCGUGGUCGUACUCGGCCUACGCCCCGAACCCUCCCGACUACGAUGAUAUGAUGUUGAUGGGCAAUGCUGCUAGUGACGCCAUAUUUGAUGUGCACGGAACUGUGUUCCAGAGCGGUUCUUCUAUUGAGCUUCUCAACGAGGCGGCCGGGUCCAGUAAGGACUGGGGGUACGUGCCCUACGACCCCACCAGCAAGUUCAAGGGUGGACUCGGGGCCAAGUACUCCUACACCGUGGAACUCCGUGACAAGGGCGAGUACGGGUUCCUGCUGCCCGAGAACCAGAUCCAACCGGUUGGAGAAGAGAUCUACGCUGGCGUCCGCGCCAUCGGGGACUACAUCCUCAGGGAGCUGGGCUUCAUUGUCUAGAUUGAUGACCUCUGCUUUCAGCUGAUGUUGAUUCCUUGUACAGUCAAACCUGCUUUAGCGACCACCUGUCUACAAAGACCACAU